GAGCAUUAACUCGGUUGCACUCCACCACUGAUAACAUCCAUUGGUAUCGUGGUGACCCCCAAACUCAAAUAACAACCCGCCUUCCAAUCCUUUACAAGUCGGCUGGCUACUUGAAUACCUACUGUAGAACAUAAUCUUCUAAUUGCUCAAGAUUCUAAGGUCAUCGUUCACAGCGGUGGGAGAUUCGAGCUCGGUCUCGUGGGACCAUGAAAGCAAUAACUCAAGACCGGAUACCAGUUUGGAUUGAUUGUGAUCCAGGACAUGACGAUGCAUGUGCCAUUGUUACCGCAGCGUACCACCCGUCCAUGAACCUCCUAGGACUCAGUACUGUGUUUGGAAAUACAUCACUCGCACAGACGACCGAAAAUGCGCUCAGCAUACUCGAGUUGAUCGGAAAGUCGAUACCAGUUGUCCCGGGUAUGUCACAGCCUUUGUAUCGACAGACUAUAAACGGAGAAUAUUUUCAUGGACCGAGCGGGCUUGGAGAUACAGACCUCUUACCCAAGCCAUCUCAAUCGGCUCUAGAUGGGGAUGUCGCCGACCAAAUGUAUAAAACAUUAAUUGCAACUCCCAGGGGCAGCGCCUGGCUUGUCGCUAUAGGCCCGUUGACCAACAUCGCAGUCCUUUUUACGAAGUAUCCCAAGAUACAACACCAUAUCAGAGGACUAAGUAUAAUGGGCGGGGUGAUUGGCCAUGGAUUUUGCGCCGGCUCGUCCAGUGCCACUUCACCUCAAGGCACUUGGGAUCCAUACAUCGAGUUCAACAUACUAUGUGAUCCGGAAUCAGCACAUAUGGUGCUUUCGGGCACUCACGAGCUCCGGAACAAAACAAUUCUCGUACCAUUAGAUUUGACGCAUCAUGUGUGCUGCGGCAAAGAAAUCAUGGACAAAAUAUAUGGCACCACAAAAGUACGACUCGCCUUCCACGAACUCCUUUUAUUCUGCCAGAUGUCAUAUGCAAAGCACUCUCACUUGAAGACGGGCUCGCCGUUACACGACCCGCUUGCUGUUGCAGCUAUCUUGGCUGACUGCGAUGACCCUGUCGACAGGAUAGAGUUCGACGGAUACAACGACCGGUACAAUGUCGAAGUCUUACUCGAGGGAAAGAGUGCCGGCCGACUAUUGUCACCCCGUCCAAGGAUGGGAUCCGAAUUCCAAAAGGCUUGGAUACCGCGAAAUUCUGGUCGAUGUUUGAGUACUGUAUAGGGAAGGCGGAUGAAGCAACAGGAUCUGAGAACGCAAUACCAGUGAGUUGAUACAGUCGGCUUCCAGUCUAAGCACUCUCUAUGCCAUACUCUUAGACAACCCAUUGACACCAUUUCUCC